AAAUAAAAAUGGAAGACUUGCUGGCCUCAUCCAAAAUAGUCCCACUACAGAUGAGGCAGUGGCCCAGAGACAUAGAGUGACUGACUACUUAAAGUCACACAAGCAGUUUGUGGAAGGGUCACAAUGGGUCCCCAAACCUCCUGCCUGCAAGCCAGAGUCCCAGCUUUCACUUUGAUGCCUCAUCCCCCCAAAAGUAUUCAUUUUCUCACCUGCUUCUGCAGCAGAUCCUGCGAGCAGCUCAGUCUUGAAAAUAGUUUCCACCCCCGGCCCCCUCUCUGCACUUGCUUAUUUUCUCAAGGUUUUAACGGGGAAUUAAAACACUUCCAUUUGAAGCUGGCUUUCUGUCUCACUUAUUGAGUGCCCAAUCUGUAGACGCACAUGCCUAACACUCUUCCCCGAAGAAUGCACAAGAAUCACACGUUUGACUGCUGUGGAUGGCAGGUGAAAAAGAAUCACUGCCGUAGCGUGGAGCCCCUUAAACAUAUUCACGGCCAGCGCUGGAUUAUCCCAGCACAGAUGGAUCAGCCGCAGCUCCCUCUUCUGCUUACUGGUGACCUUUAGCUGUUUGUGUUUGUGAGGGCUCCUAUCAGAGACUAGAAAGGAGAGCCGAGACGCCAUGACUUGAUUUCUUGACCAGAGUCCUAGGGUCCUGAUUAAAGUUUUAACAGUUUUCCCAGUUCAGGCAGCAGAAUGAUUGAUUGUAGGAGACUCUUUGAACCGAACCCACCUGGAGUGCACAACGUGGCCUUGGCUGUGAACAGUCAGAAAGCAAACUGGUUGUAAUGCAGGGGGCUUAAUUAUUGGGUUGAAAUCCUAUUAGCUGGUGCCUAGAGCGAGUUACUCAACAGCUCUGAGUCACAGUUUCCUCAUCCUUAGGAGGGAGAAGUCAGCUGCUUAGAAACAAAUAGCGUUGGGGGGGGAGGGGGAUGCAGCUGGGACUCUGCUCUUGGUAGGAAUGACCGGAAGGCGAGUCUCUGGGUUUGUCCCCAACGGCUGAUACAAGGACACUUGCUCACUUGACACUCGAGGCACUGUCCCUGCUCACCUGGUUACCAUACCAGAAAGCCUUUGCUGGCAGUUGUCUAGCCAAGCCUGUAUUCUGCUUCUCUACUGGUCUGUGUACCACUCAUGCCAUUCAGGGUGAAACAAAUUGUCCCCUUUGGUGGCUUCUGCGAACCUGCUUUCCAAGUUGAUUGGCUGUGAGUGAGUUUAAAAUAUAAGUGAACUUACCAAUUAAUUAUUUUUCAAUGAUUUUAUUGGCAUUUUUUGGGGGAAUAUGCACAGGAAAUAGGGUGUAUGCCUAUCUUCUAAGCUGAACAAAUUCUUAGAGAAGUGUUAAGCCCCUUGUUUUCCGCUGUGAAUUAUGGGCAUCCAAGCAUAUAACUGUGAGGUAACUGCUGGAUCAUCAUGAGGAUUCUUUGAAUUAUUCGAAUGCUAUUACUCUUGUCAUUGUACAUGUGUGUGUGUAUGGAUGCAUGUAUGUACAUGUAGAGGUCAGAGGACAACCUCCAGUGGUUCUCAGAAGUCGUCUGCCUUGUUUUUUGAGAUAGGUUCCUUCCCUGGUACACAAAGCUAGCCAAUGAGCCCCCAUGAGUCUGCCAGUUGCUGCCUUCCCAACAGGUACUACUACACGUGACUUUUUAUUGUGUGUCCGGGAGGUUGAACUGAGGUCUGAAAGCGUGCACAGCAAGCAUUUUACCGACUGAGUCAUCUCUCCCAGGCUCCUACAUGCAUUUAUCUUAGUCCCUGACAGCGGAAAGGAAAUCUGACGGGCAUCUCUAUAGCACAUUUCUGUAGGCUAGAUUGACUCAUUCCCCCCUCAUCAAGUGAUGGCUGACUAGCUGUGCUGUGUGCUAGGCCCAGAAAAUGUAAAACAUAAGCACCAAAUCCUCUCUACUUCGUGGAGCCUAGACCUUACAGACUUGAGAAAUAGCAUUAAAAUGGACCACGAAGCUGGGUAGGGAUGGUAUAUGUCUUUAACUCCCAGUAUUCAGGAGGCAGACGCAGGUGGAUCUCUGAGUUCAAAGCCAGCCUGGUCUUCAUAGUGAGUUCCAGGACAGCCAGGGCUACACAAAGAAAACCUUGGUUUAAAAAAAAAAAAAAACCGAAAAACAAAAAAAGAGCCACUAGUCCCCAAGAAGAGGAAGAAAUUAAUUCAAACAUCCUUGAGUUCCACAGACCUGACUUACAGUACAGACUCAGUGAAAUGUUUGAAUGUUGUCAUAAGCAAAGUUUGCUUUUGUUUUCAAUUCAAAGUAUCCUUAGCUUUCUGAAGCCGAGUGUCUUCGAUAGACUCAUUAUUAUUUUAAAAUUCUCUAAUAACAGUUUAGACACUGGAGUCGGUAACCACAAAGGCUGUUUGUAAUUUGUUGGCACUUCCCAGAUCUCUUUAAAAGCCAAGCAAGCCCCUGACUUUGGCUGCCUAAUUCACUAGGUCUUUAUGUGUACACCUGAGGGGUAGCAGUCAUUAAAAAAAAAAAGCCCAUGCACCAGCAUGUUAACUGUGGGGUUCUUACAUUGUGGAAUGUCUCAAGAUGGCUCACUCUGUAAUUUGUAAAGCCCUGGAACUCCUUAUAAACCAAUAUAUAGCAUCUGAACAAGAAACGUGACACUAUGUCUAGGCUUAAAUGUUUCAGGGCCAUUGGCUUGUGUGUUUUUUCAGCAAACUAGGCACUCCACUAAGUGCAGGUUAACAAGACCAGAGCAUUGUAAAGGAGCAUCUGCCCUAUGACCCAGCACGAGACCCCUUCCAUAUUCAUUCCGGAAGUGAGGGCAGACCCCAGCUCAGCCCUAUAGCUCUCCCACUCUCACAGGCUUUUACGACUGGCGGAAGGUUGCACCCUACCAUCCCAAAGCUUUGUGGAGUGAUUCAACAUUUACUAGGACUUCCUUGCUCUGUAUCCCUGGUCACUUUAACAAAGACAACAAAAGGGAGCUUUUGCCAGGGAGGAGCCCACUCAGAAUGCUUGUGUCCAAACGGUUUCAGAAGUUAAAGCAGCAUUGUCAGCGUGAGCAGGCCCCUGUGCCUAGACGGGCUUAUUCCAUGGGACACCAAUGCUGAUUCUCCUCCUGACCUGGGCUUCCAGCCCAACUGCAUCCUUCCACUUCAAAGGCUUGGCUCUGAGCGGAUCACACAUUUUGCUUGAUGACAAAUUAAUCAAACUUGAUUUCUUGGAUGAGAUAGAUACUAAAGAGCUACAACUCCCCAUGGGCCGAAAGUCAAUACGGCCCUUCUGGCUCCGAUUAGAGUAACAAAAGGAUAUCUGAGAGCCAUCUUCCUCCCUGCCUGGGCUGCGGGAUGGGGCUGAAAGGCAACGGGGGCUUUUAAAGGAGAAGAACCUUAUUAAAACACAUUUCAGCUGUGGCCAAGUGCAUGGCGAGCCCUCCUGAUGACUUUGAGAGAUGCCCACCUCGUCUCAAGAGCAGCGUUUCCGCUUCGAGCGACCUAGAGGAAGCAGUAUAUUAAGCAUCUGAAAUGUUUAUGGAUCGCCCCCUUUUAUGUUCCUGCCGUGAAGAUGAGUUUAAAAAAAGAAAAAAAUCGGCCUGGGAGAUCUGGCAAAUGUUAGAGAUAGCUCAAGUUUGGAUAAGUAAAUUUACUUCCAUGGGGGCUAAAAAAAGAAACUCCUGGAGUCCAGGGAAUUAUUUCUGUACCUGUGAAGGCAGACCUGGGACAAGGUGAAGUGGUAAGCUUCACAGAGCAACCACUGCAGGUCUGUUUCGCAGCCCACUCACGUGAGAGAGCAGAGGGAGCCUUCUGCUAAAUCGGGGAGCACAGGAUUUCUGCGCAAAACCCUCUUAGCAGCUUUGUCAUCCGCCUGUUCUGUGGAGCAUCCAAGGACAUCUCUUGCCUCCUUGUGUGAUGGCUCUGUGUUCUAUAUUUAGAAGAAUUGCUGCUGCACAGAAUAUGGUCCCCUGACUGUUCUGGGGGGGUGCUUUAUGCCCUUUCCCCAAAAGAAUUGCAAAAAGGGGGUUCCUACCUUCAUGGCACAUCUCAGUAAAGUUUAUAAAUGUUCUCUUUAAGAAGCAGGUAGGAUGCACAAGUCUAAUGACCCUGGGUUCCUGUUAUAUAGGACGGACUUGAGACCAUUGCCAGCUGCAGACACAGGCUGGGGCCACAGGGAUCCCCCAGGGAUUGUUGAGAACUCAGAAGGAGGCAAUGAAGUCCCAAGGACCUGACACUUCUCAUUCCUGACAUUUAUCUUGAACGUCCUUCCCCAAGCGUCUUUCUGCUCCUGCUAGCAGUGCCCAGCGUGUUUGUGCUAUUCCAGCAUGCUUAAUAACUUAAAGCUGUGUUUUAGAUUCAAACAAAGAGCAAAAUACCCGGAGUUCUGCCUCCCUCGCCCUGUGAACUAACUCUUUCAGCACCAUCUUGCCUAGUUCCCUGACAUGUGUGCUCUGUGUUUUGGCCAUCCAGCUCCCUGAUCUCUCUGGAGCCCUGACCUGGAUCCCAACCUGUGUGUCCUUAGGCAGACCCUGGGGAGAGCCAAGAACCUCCCACAAGCCUGUUCUGCACUCUUUAAUGGCGACCAUCCUUCUCGCUUCUUAUAGUGUAGGGAGCCUGAGUUUUCCUGUGUCUUCCAUCAUGUCCCCUUCGCAAUGUCAGUGUGGUCAAUGUGGUCCUGGGCAUGUGGUUCUCAGGCCUUGGUCACACUCCUGCUCAUUCCGUGCCCUCCACAGAUGCUAGCUGGUAGUGAACAGGGGAACCAGCAUUUCCCCAGGCUCCUCAGAGAUUUGCUUUGAGAAACCCACCCAUAGGUGAGAGGAGCUCUGAGUUUUAACUGGGGAGAUCAGCUUCUCCCACUCCAAGCCAGAACCCUGUCUUCUGAGGUUCUGUGACCUGGGUUGUGCUGCCUGGCUUUCCAGGCCUCAACUUACCUGUCUGUAGAAGGAACACGAAGUGUCACCAUCAUGGAAGGUGAGGGGCAUUAACUAAACGAGCUGCUCUGCGCUGAUCAUGCAGGCCUAAGGAUCAAAAUCUUGCUACCACAGUUCUCUGAUGUCUAGGUGUUAGCUCGUUGACUAAUUAUUUUUAAAUUAAUAUUCUGAAGCAGAGUCCAGAUUCCUAUAACCCCAGACACCCCAUAUUCCCACGCAGCCACAGACACUUAUUUCUACAAAAGUCCCUUUUUCUAAAGGAUAAAAGUAGUACACACUUGUUUUCUCAAUUGCAAACAAUAACUAUAACUAAUACGUCAUCGAUUCCCAGCCUAGCCCCUUCUCCAAAUGUUGAAAUUAAUUCCUAGCCUGAUGUGAUAUGUGUGGUUGGAAUUCUAGCACUCAGCAGACUGAGGCAGGAGGUCUAAACGUUCAAGGCCAACCUGGGCUAGAUCACAGCUCAGUGGUUAGAAUAGGGUUUUUUAAAAUUCAAAAUAUUCAUAGGAAGCAACAAGUCCUGUGAAUAUGUAAAGACAUGGAGAGUCCAGGGUGAGGCAAAAGACAUAAGAAGAAACACUAAAGACAAAGUUGGGGGUGGGUAGGUUGAUGUAGAGAUGGGGCCUUGCCCAGGUGAGACUGACAUAGUCUGUUAGCAACACCCAUCUCUUCUGUGUGUUUAAGACGCUGUUUGCUGGAGAGGUGGCUAUUAUGCAUUAUGAUUCCUGUUGCUGCCUGGGCUCCACAUGGCAGGAGGCAGAGUCCCUGUGAGUAGUGAGGUGAGCUGGCACCUUAUAAGAGCGUGGUCUUCCUCUUUCCACCAGGGUUCAGGAAACUGUUGAUCCCACAGAAGCAUCACUGGAGGUUGAUGGGUUUAACCUGGGGGAGUCCUCUAAUACUGUACUUUAUUCUGCAAGAUUGCUUCUGGUCCCUGUGCUGAUGUGGCAGCCUGUGCAUUAGGAAGAGUUGCCAGUAGACGUUUUUUGGCUUGCUCUUGAGUAUGUGUCAGAUCCUAAGAGUAGAAAAAUGGAAGUCAGUGGUUUUGAUUCCCCUCCCCUCCUCUUUUUGUUCUGCUAAAUAGGCUGUUGUGUCGGCUUGGGGAGGCUCAGUGGCCCUAGGAUGUCAAUCAAAAUGAAAAAACUAAGACUGAUAUGUGUCAGGAUUCCUCAGUACUGAGGCAACGGGGAUGUUCUCUCGUGCUAGAGGCAUCGAAGACUUCUGACUCUGCAAUGACCCAGGUCUAACAAGUCUUCAGAGCCCCUUUGUGUGGAUAUUUUAUUUAGUUAUUUUUUUCCUCCAUGAUCCCAUAGUUUUAAACUUUUAAAAUCGCAUGUGUUGCAGAUAAAGACAUGUGAUUAGUUCAGAGGCUGGACUGUUGGAGACCAGAAUGUAUUUAUCUUGACACUACAGGUUUUUAAAAGCAGAUCCUGUUAGAAGUGACAGAUUUCCUAUCUCUGAUUUUUCCUACUUGCAUUUUGAGAAGUUCACAAUAGGUGACAACUGUCUAUUUUUAGCAGCCCUGGCAAUGCUCAGCUCAUUUUUUAACAGAAUAGGUAAAUAAAGCCCAGAGAACAUUAGGUUCUUUAGGAGUCACCUCUCUAGCGCCUCCUGUCAGUGUCUUCGUGGAUGACCUCAACAGCACUGUAUGUAAGCAAUCUCUGAGGUCCGGCUGGCAUGGCCUUAGGAGUACCAAAGACAAGGAGCUCUGGAGACACAUGUGAGCAAACAGUCCUUUGAUGGCCAAGUGCAUCAGGGAGUGAGCCCUCUCAGGGCAGCAGCUGGAGCCCCUUCACUCCUUUUCUCCUACCUUCUUUCUCCCAUGGCUGCCAUGACAGGUUUCUUUUUCUUUUUAAAGAUGUAUUUAUUUAUCCUAUAUAAGUACACUAUCACUGUCCUCAGACACACCAGAAGAGGGCAGCAGAUCUCAUUACAGAUGGUUGUGAGCCACCAUGUGGAUUUGAACUCAGGACCUCUGGAAGAGCAGUGAGUGUUCUUAACCACUGAGCCAUCUCUCCAGCCCCCAUUACAGGUUUCUAAGACCCAACUGAAGCUGAUCUUCUAGAAGACUUGUGUUAUAGGAUCCCACUGCCCUAGGCACAGGCUCAGCAAAAUGGUCCUUUCUCUGAGCAUCUGCAGGUCCUGGCCAAUUCUCACUUACCUUUGUCUAGCCAGGGCUUCCUAAUUCUACCUUUGAAUUAUUCAGAGUCCACUUGGAAAGAGGUCAGAAGGCCAGAGUUCUUUCUUCUGUGGUUUGGGCUAGAGGGGAAGAGGAUACUUGUUCAAGGUCACAAGUUAGAGAAGCCCAGAGCAGCUUUUACCACCCUGUCUCUCAGCCACCUCCCUUCUCCAUUACACAACUAUAAUGUUGCCUCUGCCUAAAAAAACAUAUCUCUUGUAUUCUGUACUCUUGUUUUCAGAAUUCAAUUUAUUCCAAGGUUGAAUUUUUCACUUGAUUAUUUCUUUUAAUAUAAGAGUUUUGCAAAUCACAAAUUGCUAGCUUGUAACAUUUUGGGUAAAGAAGGCAAGGUCACUGUGAACACUGUUACUCUAAUAAUACUUUGUUGCAAAUGAUACUUCCCCAACCCAAUUAAGACUCUCCUAAGAAAAACAAAGGGGUUUUGAUCCAAGGAUGAAGGGACUCCUCUCUGGGGGUCCCCAAGCUCACCACGCUCAGCUUGAGACCCCUGUCUUGGAAUGAUUAUAUCUAAGGCCUAACAAAGUUGUGUUGGACAGAUGCAGCCUUCGGACAUGCUUUGCCAGCUCCCCAGAUUCCUGUAUUCUUCAGUGUAGUUUUGUAGACAAUGUUGUACAAGCUCAAAAAAGCACAAGUGUGAGAAUUGGCUGGCUGCCUGUGUCUUGGCUCACCAUAGCCCCACCCCAUGGAGGAGCAGUCUUAGGAAGAGGAAGGAAACUGCUCUCAGGGGAAUCUGGCCAUGAUGGAUUCUGUAGUGUAAUUUUUUUUUUUGGUAGUCAAAUUUGGUGUUGAUUGUUCACUAGCUAGACCUCAAGAAAUGCUACCUUCUUAUAAAUGCCACUGGAGGGAGGUGGAGACUUAGAGCUGAGCAGGGAAUGGGUGCCUGUCCUCUAAGAAAUAGCCAGUGUGCUCAGGGCUCAAAUUUCAAGCCAUCUUCCCCACCACCCCCACUGCCACCUUCUGCCCCCCACUUUCCUUUCAGGGGGCUGGCCCCUCUCUCGCUGGCUUUUGCAUGUGUUGACUGGAGAGAGAAACACCACAUCUGUAGAGUCUCCAGGCUUUGAAGUAUCCACGGAAGACUGCGGCAGAGAGCAAUCCAGAGUUUCUGUGUUGCUGGUGGAUGGGUUGUUUGUUUGGUUUACUGUUACAGCAGCUGCCGGUGCAGCCCGAACUGUGGCCUGGCACCACCGGAAAUUAAAGCGCCUUCAUUUCUCUCUUCAUUUUCUACCCCAAAUAAGAGCCUUUAAUUUUUUCUUUCUUUUCUUAAAUAGAAGCCCACACGGAGACAAAUGCUCCAUUUGUUCCUAUGCACGUCCUUGUUCAUAUGGACGUGCAGGUCUUUGUAUGUUCCUCACGUACACGUGCAUGCUUUCAUCAGACAGCACUCCCCAUGCAUGCAGCACUGAAGGGCUUCCAAAGAGCAGCUCACUGAUCUUUCUAAAAAUAGUGUUUUUAUUUUUUAGAGUUUGAGUGUGAAGUGUCCCUCGCAGGCUCAUGUAGUUGACACUUGGUCUCCAUCUCUGUGGCAAGUUCCUAAUAAGCCGCGGUAGCUGCCACGACUCCACAGCCACAUUAGCCCCAAACCCCUGAACUUUCAAGCUGCUUCUCUAAACUAUGUCACUGUGGCAGUGAGGAUAACUAAUAUCUCCAUCUUGCCGGAAAAGUGCCUGGGCAAAGGGGGGGAGGGGCAGUUCCCAGAUCCCUGAGCCCUAUAGUGGGAAAUCACAGGACUCAUUGGCACCAUAGAGAGCUCUCUAAGCCAGGGGGUACUCCUUCCAGGCUGCUGGGGACAAAGUGGCCCUGUACUGAGCCAUAUCCCUUGUGUUGCCUCAAGGUUACACAAGAUGAAAUAGGAGCAAGGAAUUACACAAUAAUUAAAAUACAAUUAAUAACAAUGUAAUCUUGCGAUAAACUAUGUAUAUUACUGGGAAAACAGGAAUCUUCCUGACCCAGGAAGAUGAAGUGAUGAUUUGUCCAAGGUGAAUUGGCAGGGUUCGAUACAGGAAUCUCAACUCCGGCUUCACCAUCUUAUCCGAUCUCUAGUCGCUUAGGAAGCGCCAACUUGUAGCAGACCCUCUUUCUGUAACAUCUCACCUCGUUACAAUGUUACAAUCUUUGUUCCGAUCUUGCUGGUGAGGAAAUGGGCGUGACUCAGUGCCCUGUGAGAGGCUGUCACGUUUCGAAGGUAUUGCAGCCGUGGUCUGAAACAGGCUGCCUAUCCCCCAAGCUCGUUCCAUCCAUUCCAAAACGGGGCAUUUCUACCUCACUGCAUAGAAUUGCAAAAGAGCCCAUUGGGCAAUGGAUUGAUUGAUGGAUGGUGCCUAGUGGGAGAGGGCUUGGGAAAGAGGGCCUGUUGGUGUUUACAGCUGCCCCCAGGGAGCGAAGCAGUCCUUUCUGCACUUCUCACAGAGGUAUCUUCAGUUCUUGUCAGAUGAGGAAGCUGAAUUCUCCAGAGAUUUUUCACCAGCUCACGUGUGUUACCGAGGGGGGGACACCAUGCUCCAAAUAGAGCUUGCCUCAGGAUAUGGCCCCUAGAGAGUGAUGUGCCCAGGAUGACACUGAGGCACAUUGGGAGAAAGAAGGGUUCCCACUUGCCACUUGGGGUUCACCUUCCCCAUCAGCACAAUACCUUUAGCCACAUUCUUCCCCCCUCUCUGUCCUUCACCAACCAAGAGACACUACCACCCACCAUCCUCACGGGGGAUUUUAUAAAGAUAAAUUGGAUAAUUUCAGAAUGGUUCUUUGGGCUGCUUGAUGGAGGAGGUGCCAUCUUAAAGGGAAACAAUAAUAAUUAUAAUAUUUGAAAGUAUUUAUGAAAGUCUCUGUAGGGGCAAUUAAGAGGAGACCAGCUGGUACUUGUGGAAAACUCACCAGUUGAUGAGACACCCAUGCCCACCUCCCCUGGCAGGCUGCUGGAAUGAACAUGGAGGGAAACCGGAAGGCCAAGUGCUGCAGAUGUGGGGCCCUAGGAGCUGCGAGCUAAAGCCCCUCUUUGGCCUGUACUAAAAUAACCAACCCAUGGGUCUGAAUGAAGCCCGCAUGGCCGGUCACUACCUGGGACUUUUUGUCACCAAGCACUAAUGUUGCAAUUUCCAAAGACUGCAAAGAACCCUCACUUUCAGAGCCUUGGGAUCCGUCUGAUAAUCACUACGUAUUCAUCCCCGGGACAGAUAAUUCUUACUGCUUCCUCAUGGCACCUCCAGGGAGCCCCUUCUCUUCUGUGUAAGGGUCUCAUGCUUGCCAUCUGAAGGGGUUAGGUGCCAUUAGGGUGGAGGGGGAGUCGCCUAGCUGAGGUUCCUGGCUAUUAAUGUCUGGUCCACUCUGUUUGCAUGGUGCUGUCUCCUACACAGAAUCCUUGGUUGUCUGGGCAAGAUGUUCUCUCCACAAGCCUUUGACCCUCCAGAGUGGCUUCCUUGCUCUCAUGCCCACCCACUCAGCCCCUGCAGCUCUGGGUGCAUUCACAGUGUCGCCUUCCAUUGCUCCCUCCAUAUAUCCUUCCUUCUCAAACGUUCCCUCCUCCACCUCUGAUUCUUUCUCUCUUCCUCACCUUCUGCCCACAGAUAGCUGUUGGCUGUGUGAGAGCAGAGUGUAUAUUGCCCCCACCACCACCAAUUCAGACAGGAUAACCUUAUAUGCAAACCCUUAGGUACCUUCCUAUGUCCUAUAACUUGGUUUUCUGCUCCUACCACCCCUACACAACCCCCAUCCACCGAGUGUGAGCAGAGCCAGGGCCCAGCCCCACAACAGGACUGUUCCAAUUGCUCCAAUUGCCUGGGCAUCUGCUCAGAAUUCAGGGCUGUAUCCUAAGGACCUAACAGGCCACAUAUCUAAUGCCAUAUCCUAGGCUACCUUUGGAAUUAGCUAUACUCUGGGCACUCCAAGUAAGGUCUCUAUGUAUUUCCAUUCCUCUCUACAAAACCUGACCGCCUUAUUCUCUACCCCUAUAGCUCUCUCUUACUCUAGGUGACUGUUUCAUACUCAAAUGUUCAUAGCUAAUGGAGAAGCCAUAUGUAGAAUCAGUAGACCGUCUUAGAGAGUACAAUGUGGGAUCUGUGUUGAGACCACAACAUGAAAAUUAUAUGUCCAGUGGGGACCAUUGUUGUCUUUAACAUAUUAUAUCUCCUAAGACACCUUCUCUCGGGAUAGGGAUUUAGCUCAGUGGUAGAACGCUUGCCUAGGAAGCGCAAGGCCCUGGGUUCAGUCCCCAGCUCCGAAAAAAAGAACCAAAAAAAAAAAAAGACACCUUCUCUCUCUUCUCUCCCUCCCUCCCCUCUCUCUAUCAGUCUCUCUCUGUCUCUGUCUCUGUCUCUCUGUCUCUCUCUCUCUCUCUCUCUGUGUGUGUGUGUGUGUGUGCGCGUGCACCUUAGAUACGGAGAUCAGAGGUUGACAUCAAGUAGCCUUUUCAAUCAUUUUCUACCUUAUUCUUCGAGACAAGGUCUCUCCUUAAACUCAUUCGUUCAGCCAGGCUGGCUGACCAGCAAGCCCUGGGACGCUCCUGUCUUCACAUCUCUAGCACUACCAUUACAAGUUCACAAGUGAUAGUACACUUUGCUUUUUACACUGGGCAUUGAACUCAGGCCCCUAUACUUAGAUGGCAAACAUCAAUAAACUAUCUCCCAACCCCUACCUUGACAGGAUAUUUUAUGUAUGUAUGUGUGUGUGUGUGUGUGUGUGUGUGUGUGUGUGUGUGUGUAUUGAAACGGGGUCUCUCUACAUAACCUUGGCUGUUAUGGAACUCACUCUGUAGACCAGGCUAGCCUUGACCUCAGAGUUCCAUCUGCCUCUACUUCCCAAGCACACUGGGAAUAAAAGUGUGUGCCACCACACCCCUCCUGGAUAGGAUAUUUUAAGGAAAGAAUGUUGCUGCUCUUGCAGAAAACUAGGGUCCAAUCCCCAGCAGCCAUGUUGGGUAGCUCACAACUACCUGUAACUCCAGUGUCAGGAGAUCUGACCUCUUCUGGUCUUCAUGGGCACCUGCACACAUGCAUGCCCACAUAUGGAGAGCCGCACAUGCAGGGAUGCACAUACAUAUGCAUAAUAAAAAGUAAAUCUACAUCUUCUGCCCACACAUGCAGAGACGCGAAUGCAGAAACACGCAUGCAGAGACACGCUUGCAUAUACAUAAAUAAAAAGCAAAGCUUUUCAAACAAACAAACAAAAACGGAACGUGAGUGAUAGGACAUUUGGCUUUGAAUUUUCUCCCACAUUCCAUUCCCUUCCUGUCCUCAGAGUUUGCACUGCUCCAGUUCACUGCUGAGAGCACCCGAACCUAAAAAUAGUGUCAUGCCGACUUCUGCUUAAGAAGCUAGGCUACACCCCUGACCCACUCCAUCCUGCAUCUGACACCGGACUGCUCCUUCAGAAGUGAGAAAUUUCAUCUCUAUGGAUGAACUCUGAUGGCAUAAUUAAAACCUUCCCAUCCACCACUGAGAGCACGCUUGCCUCUUAAUGAAACCUCAAGGGUGGCAUUCACACUGAGCCCGCCCUGACAUCUGACAUCUGUGUGAUGGAGUGGCACCCUGUGGGAGGGAAGUUCCUUUGUGAUGUCUUUAAAUGGGCUCCUGUGAUCCUCUCCCUGACACAUCCUGCUUGGCAGAGAAGUGUUUGUGAGUUCACAGCGCCUAGAUCCACAUCCUGGCCCUGUGUCAUCGUUUUACCCUUGUUAUAUAACCUUAAUGAACUUCAGUUUACUUACCCGUAGAACGGGCAUAGCACACUGAGAUCCCAUAAUAAGCUCUGUGCUAUCCUUUUCUGCAUAUAAGGGCCGUGUAAAGCUGUCAUAAAGCCCUAUAGCAGUGUGUGCAACAUGGCACCUCCAGCCUUUGCCCAGGAAGACUUGGUACCUGUUUCCAUUGAGAGAGAGAGAGAGAGAGAGAGAGAGAGAGAGAGAGAGAGAGAGAGUUCUGCACAUACAUGGCUACAGUGUUUGUGUGCGAGGUCAGAGAACAACCCUUGGGUAGGUCCUAGGACUCAAACCGCUGUCAUCAGGCUUGGCAGCAAUUGGCUUUAUCACUGCGUCUCGCCAGCCCUGUUGGGCUUUGGUUUUGUUUUGUGAGACAGGAAUGCUCUGUGUAUCCCAGGCUGUCUUUGACUUUACAGCCCUCCUGCCCCAGUCCCCUGCGUGCUAGGAUUACGGUCAUGCUUCACUGUCCCAACUUAGAAGGUUUUUACUCUUUUAACGAUGUAAAAUAGCAAGGAUGAAACAAAUUGUCCAAUCUGUCCCAGAGAGUGCACGGUCGGGCCCUGACGUGCCCAUACUGUAGGAAGUGGCAGCCCAGCCUAGCCCAGUGUGUCAGGGAGAUGGCAUCUUGACCGUAUCUCACUGCACUGGCCUGGGGGCCAAACAUCUUUGCCCUUCCUUUGCACUUCGCUCCUAAGCAGUGUGUUUUCUGUUUGAGGUCGCACUGCCCACUAGAGCACCUACCUAGCCUCCUUCGGAUCAGCAGGACACCCCCACCCCACACCUCUCGACCGGCAAAGUGACUCAUGGAUUCUAACCCCCACCCUACAGCUCCCUCCAGCCACACCACCAUACCAGGGAGUUUUCUAGCUACAGGUUGGUGAAGGUUUCCAGGGCAGGAUGUUUACAACCCCUAAAGGAAUGGGCAAAGAACCAAGCGGCCCUGCUUGGCAACCCUUAGAUGUUCUCUGAAGCCCAAGGCACCCUGCCAAGCCCAACUCGGGAGAGGAAAACACAACAAGUGCUGAUGUACCGCCAUUUUACAUGUAACACAAUAAAAGUUUGCAGGGUGAUUGAAUUUUCUAAACAAGAAAAUACAAUGGGCCCCAUCCAUUACCCACGUGCUGCUGAUCACCUCUGCCGGCUGGCCCAGGAUAAUCCAAGGUAUUCUGUAGAAGCGUGAAGAAGAGGCAGGGAACGCACACACCCACGAUGGCUCCACAACACCAUAAUGGUGGAAAAUAUUCACGGGACAAAAGGUGUAAAACUCAGAGGAAAGAUGUUUUUACCCAUACAACUCUCUGAGAGCAUUCAAAUAGGGAUGGCUUUCAUUUUAGGUAAUCGACUGGAAGACAAACCUUAUAGGAAACGACACCCAAACCCAGGGGUUCGUUUAUUGUGAUGUAAUGUUUUGUUUUGUGUGUGUGCACACAUUGGUAUAUGGGUAGGUACAUGUAGGUUCAAGUGUAUUUAGAGGCCAAAAGUCAACUUUGGUAUCUUUCCUCAGGAGCCAUCCACCUGAUUUUUGGAGAUAGGGUCUCUCAGUGGGACCCGGGGCUCACUGAAUUGGUGAGGUUGUCUGGCCACUGAUCCCCAGAGAUCCCCCUGCCUCUACCCCCCCCCCCAUGUAAGCAUCAACCAAACCUAGACUUUUAAGUGGCUUCUGUUUCUCAUGUUGGCACAGUGAGCAUUUUACUAAGCUCUCCAGAGCCUGACUUUACUGUAAGUUUUACAAAAUGCAUUUCUUUCAACUGCCAUUACUAGCAUCAUGUAGAACGAGUGGGGUGGAAGCAAGCUUUGUCUGUGCCAGGCCCCAUGAACACACAUGCACAUACACACACGUCUGGGAAGCCCUGGGGCACCCCAAAAACCAGUGUUCCCCAUCACCUGGGAAAGGGGGUGCUUAGAAUUACAGCUAACCAAGAAAUGGAAGCUUAUUUGUUUCUAUUCUCAGUAUGUUUGAUAGACUAGCAAAAAUAUGUUUUUACCCAUAUAACUUUCUCCUACCUAGAUGGAGAAUAAAUCUUACUAAUUUCUUAGUUGGUUAGUGAUACCACACAUGCGCAAAUGGAUAUUAAUAUUUAAACAGCAGUACAAAUAGCUUAUUUUAGACCCAGCACCGUAACUCGGGUAUUGAUGUUAUCAAAUAUAAAUUCUUUUUAAAAUGUUCCAGGCUGGGGAUGGAAUUCAGUGGUAAUGCUGCUGGCUAGCACAUGUGAGGCCCCAGAUUCUAUUCCUAGCACCACAGAACACAUAAACAAACAUUGUCCUUCCAUCCUAAGGCGUUGAGGUAGUUGUGCGCUAAGUGAGUGUGUUCAGAUAGAGGAGAGCAGCAGAGAGCACGGCCAAGCUGCCCGUCUGCCCUUGUCCAUGUCUUCUAGAACGUUCUGUGUGUUAGAAGAAGAAGAAGAAGAAGAAGAAGAAGAAGAAGAAGAAGAAGAAGAAGAAGAAGAAGAAGAAGAAGAAGAAGAAGAAGAAGAAGAAGAAGGCGGCAAACGCUUUGUCAGACUCUGUUAAAUGGUUUUUUGGCUAUGAAAAUGUAAGCAUCACUAAGAACAGUUUUCAUGGCUGCAGCCCUCCUCCAAAUAUUUCCUCUAUUUUGAGGGUUACAUUUAGGAGAGAUCUCAGAAGAAGCAGAUUUCACCUCUGACACAGCAAAAUAGGCGGCACCCAGAAGUUUCCGGAGCUCAGGCCAUGGUGUUCUCAUGAGGCUGACCUGACAAGCUAGCUAACCUCUCAGCUGGGUAUUCUAUCAUUCCUUAGCAAAAUGUAAGACUCCAGUGAUGUGUAUGAGGCAGGUAGGAAGCCACACGGAUGAGAUGCUAAGCCUCACUGACAGCAGGAAAGAUUUUGUGAGAAAUGGCACACUCUCCACUUUGCUCCCAGCCACCAAAACAAACAACAACAACAACAAUAAAAGGCAGUGUUAAAAAACAAAAAACAGGGGUAGGGGAUUUAGCUCAGUGGUAGAGCGCUUGCCUAACAAGCACAAGGCCCUGGGUUUGGUCCCCAGCUCCGAAAAAAAGAAAAGAGAAAAAGAAAAAAAAGAAAAAAAAAACAGCAACAGCAACAGCAACAACAACAACAACAACAAAAACCAAGGUAGGGAAGUUAAGGAUGACUCCCCUUAGGAAUCCAGAGCCUUGUAUGGAGCUGAUUAAUAACAGAAAAUCUUUUUAAAAUGCUCUCCUCCCUUGCAUGAAUGUUGAGUGUCUAUCAUUCGUAAGGCACCAGAGACAAUUUCCUUCCCUUUCCAAGCUGGCAACACCUUACUUUGUAAGCAGUCGUGUUGAGUUUUAAAGGUUUUUCCAGCCAGGAAAGAAGAAAAAAGUCUAAAGACAACAUGACUUAAAAACCCAAACCAACAGAAUAUAAAAUCGAACCCCUGGGGUCUCCUUCUAGAGAGUUCUAAAAUCCUGCCCUUGUCUUUGAAGGGGUUCCUAAAAUUCUUUCGGCUUAAUUCCACCAUUCCCUACUUGCAAUAUCAUGUUGAGGAUUAUUCUAAAUGAUUCUGAGACUUUCCACAACUAUGCCUAUUUCAAGUCUGUUCUCGGAAGAUGGGACUCCACAGAAGGCGGUUCACAUGAUUUUUAGUCCGAAUCUAUAAAUAAUUGGUGUAUCCAUUUUAGCCCCCAAAACUCCCAUCUGGUUCUCUGUUCACACAAGACACUGGGCCGAAAGCUCGGAAGGAUAGUAAAUCCUGAGAAACGGGGACAUCAUGGGGUAAUUGUGAUCAUAGUAGACGCUGCUGGCUUCUGGCUUUCUGAGGGCUUCAACUUGGCUUCCUCACAGGGGUCUGCACCGACCCAUGGGCAGGCACCGGGGAGAAUAGCAUCCCUUCUUGAUGGGUGUCCAUUAAGCCUUCUCUGUCCAGUCUCUCCCUAUUUCUAGGUGUUAAAACUCUGAUAGCUCAGUCCUGGGUCUGACCUCCUUGCCGUUCCCCCUGAAGACUUUUAUAAUUCCUGUGUGCAAGAAAGGGAGAAGCGCACAGCUUGUUGGGGGGAUCCCAGAUGGAGUCUGCAGGAUGGAUAUUAGGAAAAUCAGCUCUUUGGGGUGGGAAACAGAGAAAUUGGAAUCAGAGCGGCAAUGAAACCCCAUCCAUGUUAGGAGGUGGGGUGGGGGUGAGGCAACCCAUAAUUCUACUUCUGCAUUUGUAAACAGUCACUUUGAAGAGUCCAUCUGCACUUGAAGAAUUCCUAAUGGGUACAGUCAGUUCAGCUAGCGCUGUGCUGUGUUGGGAGUCUCUGAUCCUGUUCCUCUGGUUAAAGGGGGCUGGGGAUAAGUAACAGACACACAAACAUAUAUUUAGGGAAAGAUGGUGGGAAUAUGGGUGCCGGGAACGCCCCUCCAAAUGUGAGGGGUGACAGAGGAAGAGAGGACAUUCUCAGUGCAGGGAAGGCAGCGGGACAAGCCUCCCAGAAAGGAGGGGGAAAGGUCAACAAAGCGUCCCAGGAGCUUCUGCUGACGAUCCCGGUUUCCGAGGGAACCCUUUCGGCAAUGUUGAGGGCUGCGCUCCUUUCUCUGCCGUGCGGUCAGCCAUGAGCGGAUGGGUGUGAUGCCUGCUAGCAUAAAGGGUUCCUCCUGUGUGCUGCAGUCCCCCUGCCAGUGACCCCAGGCUUUUUAUGGCUGUGAGACUCAUUAAAAGCUCAGGGGUGAGACUUGACCUUUGGAGGUGACUAUAACUGAAGAUUGAAUUACUGAAGCCAAAAAAAAUAAAUAAAUAAAAGGUUUUUGAGUCAUGAUGCAAGAAUCUGGGUCUGAGGCAAAAAGUAACGGAUCAACCAUCCAGAACGGGUCCAGCGGUGGCAACCACUUACUAGAGUGCGGGACACUUCGUGACACUCGGUCCAACGGAGAGGCACCAGCGGUGGACCUGGGAGCAGCCGACCUUGCCCACGUCCAGCAGCAGCAGCAGCAGAAAAAUGUAAAUGAAGACCGGUCCCCUUUCCAGACUCAAGGCCUGAAGGACAUCCUUGAGACAGGGGCCCUGCAGGUGGCAAGGCAGCUCCUCCUUCAACAGCAGCAACAGCAGCAGCAGCAGCAGCAACAACAACAGCAGCAGCAGCAGCAACAGCAGCAGCAGCAGCAGCAGCAGCAGCAGCAACAGCAGCAACAGCAACAACAGCAGCAAGUUAGUGGAUUAAAGUCUCCGAAGAGGAAUGACAAGCAACCAGCUCUUCAGGUUCCCGUGUCAGUGGCUAUGAUGACACCUCAGGUUAUCACUCCUCAACAAAUGCAGCAGAUCCUCCAGCAGCAAGUGCUGAGCCCACAGCAGCUCCAGGUUCUCCUCCAGCAACAGCAGGCCCUCAUGCUUCAACAGCAGCAGCUUCAAGAAUUUUACAAGAAACAACAGGAACAGUUGCAGCUUCAACUCCUCCAACAGCAACAUGCUGGAAAACAGCCGAAAGAGCAGCAGCAGCAGCAGGUGGCUACCCAGCAGUUGGCUUUCCAGCAGCAGCUUCUUCAGAUGCAGCAGCUGCAGCAGCAGCACCUCCUGUCUCUCCAGCGGCAAGGCCUUCUAACAAUUCAGCCCGGGCAGCCUGCCCUUCCCCUCCAACCUCUUGCUCAAGGCAUGAUUCCAACGGAACUGCAGCAGCUCUGGAAAGAAGUGACAAGUGCCCACACUGCAGAGGAAACCACAGGCAGCAACCACAGCAGCCUAGACCUGACCAGCACAUGCGUCUCGUCCUCCGCACCUUCCAAGACCUCCCUAAUCAUGAACCCACACGCCUCUACCAAUGGACAGCUCUCGGUCCACACCCCCAAAAGGGAAAGCUUGUCCCACGAGGAGCACCCCCACAGCCACCCUCUCUACGGACAUGGUGUCUGCAAGUGGCCAGGCUGUGAAGCAGUUUGUGACGACUUCCCGGCCUUUCUAAAACAUCUCAACAGUGAGCAUGCGCUGGACGAUAGAAGCACAGCUCAAUGUAGAGUACAAAUGCAGGUUGUACAGCAGUUAGAGCUACAGCUUGCAAAAGACAAAGAGCGCCUGCAAGCCAUGAUGACCCACCUGCAUGUGAAGUCUACAGAACCCAAAGCUGCCCCUCAGCCCCUGAAUCUGGUAUCAAGUGUCACCCUCUCCAAGUCCGCCUCAGAGGCUUCUCCACAGAGCUUACCUCAUACUCCAACAACCCCAACCGCCCCCCUGACUCCCGUCACCCAAGGCCCCUCUGUCAUCACCACCACCAGCAUGCACACGGUGGGACCUAUCCGCAGGCGGUACUCAGACAAAUACAACGUGCCCAUUUCUUCAGCAGAUAUUGCGCAGAACCAAGAAUUUUAUAAGAACGCGGAAGUUAGACCACCAUUUACAUAUGCAUCUUUAAUUAGGCAGGCCAUUCUUGAAUCUCCAGAAAAGCAGCUAACACUAAACGAAAUCUAUAACUGGUUCACACGAAUGUUUGCUUACUUCCGACGCAAUGCAGCCACGUGGAAGAAUGCAGUGCGUCAUAAUCUUAGUCUCCACAAGUGUUUUGUGCGAGUAGAGAACGUUAAAGGGGCAGUAUGGACAGUGGAUGAAGUAGAGUUCCAAAAACGGAGGCCACAAAAGAUCAGUGGUAACCCUUCCCUUAUUAAAAACAUGCAGAGCGGCCACGCCUACUGCACACCUCUCAAUGCAGCUUUACAGGCUUCCAUGGCUGAGAACAGUAUACCUCUGUACACUACCGCCUCCAUGGGGAACCCCACGCUGGGCAGCCUGGCCAGCGCCAUCCGGGAGGAGCUGAACGGGGCCAUGGAGCACACCAACAGCAACGAGAGUGACAGCAGUCCAGGCAGAUCCCCUAUGCAAGCUGUGCACCCCAUACACGUCAAGGAGGAACCCCUCGACCCCGAGGAAGCUGAAGGGCCUCUGUCCUUAGUGACAACAGCCAACCACAGUCCAGAUUUUGACCACGACAGAGAUUACGAAGACGAACCUGUAAACGAGGACAUGGAGUGAACCCUUGGGCGGGCCGACCCCCGAGACCGAAGAUUGGGAAAGAAGCAAAACAAAUUAAAAAAAAAUAAAAAGAAAGAAAAGCAAAAAGAAAAAAGAAAAGAAACCACGUCAAAAGUUAGCAGUGAAAGCGUCCUCCGCUUCUUGUACAGUCUGGAGGAUUUUCACUACAUUUUGACAACUCUGAAAUGUGUUAACUCUUAGUGCCAUCAAGAAUCCCAUUUGGGAGUAUUUUUGAUUUUUCUACUUUUUGUUGACAAAAGGGAUUUGUACUCUGUGCAUUGGAUGGACCUGUUUGGUACUUGGGAUUUUCCUCUUUGAGUCAACAUCAGUGUUGUAAAUUCGAUAAACGGAUUCACUUUUAGCAGCAGACUUUGAACUGCAGUUUCGCCCGGCCGACGCCGGACACCGAGGACACCCGACUGAGCUCACGUACCUGCACUGCAGACCAAGCCUUCGCCCGAAUUCGAGACUCCAGUGGACGACCUAUUUGCACAGCACUGCAUGUUGAUUUCACUGCCUUUACUCACUUUGGUUGGUUUGUUUUUGUUUUCCGCUUCCAGUUGGGAUGGGGGAAGGCCUUUGUGUGUGUAUUGGGGGGAGGGGUUAAAAAUAAUUAUCCCAAACUUUUUAAUGUAUUGCUUUUUUUUUUCUUUUCUUUUUUUUUUUUGCUUCUUCUUUACCAUUUUAAGUUCUGACCUCAGGCCUCCAUUUGGGCCCAGGGCCUCUUGGAGGCUUCGUGUUUUCUGUACCUUGUGAUGAAUGUUAAUAGGCGUUUUUAUUAUACAAAGCUGAAUGCCGUUUUCCUCCUCGUCUGUAGUUCUCUGGCACUCAUUCCAUUUUUCCUAUAGACAUCGCCAUGUUUCUCUCAAGUUCAAAACAAAACAAAACAAAACAUUCCGUUUCGGUCUUUUUCCAUAAAAAAAGAUCCCGAAGGCUGCACCUUACACCUGAAGGUCCCCCCAACACGGGGACAUGACGUCCUGCCAGAACGAGAAUGACAGAAAAGAAAAGAGAGAAACGCACGCGCGCACACACUGUAGGGACAUAGCAGAUUCAUUUCACAAAAGCAGUAUUGGGGGUGGGACGGGGACUGUUGGAGAUUUUUCUUUUUAGUUUUUCAUAGCACCCGCCAUUGUGAGUAACCGCUACCACGUCAGGAAACACAGGCACGAAAGAAAACAGAAGAGAGUAAGCAAGUCCUUAAUACUUAGACUGUCGUGAUGGCCGUGGAAGGUUUCCCCUCCUAUCAUCAAGUGACCAGGACUGCAGGCCUUGGGUUACCCUUACCAGCAUAGGUUGCUUUGUUUGCAAAAAAAUGACCAAAAAGCCAGCUUCGCUAAGCAACGUACACUCAGCAUGGUGACAGGGCUGAGUCUGCUUCGGUUCAGACCUGCUCGGUGGCAUUCAUCUGUUUUAAUGCAAAUGAGGCUUCACAUUGAACUUGUUAUGGGAGUUAAUGAGGACUGGGCUCAGCAGACGCUAAUGUGUCAGUUUCCAGUGUGCUAAGUCGGUACUGCAGCUCGGUCUGCAAUGUGAGCAUCACAGCCACCACCCCAGUAGCACAGACUUCACGGAAGAGGACACCAGGUAGACGGAGGCUCCCAGGACCAGGGCCCACAGAACGUGAUGGCUCUAGGUCAGUAUGGCCCUCAGCCCUUCGAACCCCUCCGCACCGUCUGCGCCCACUUCCCUGACGUUUAUUUAUCUGGGGACGUAGCUUUUGUUUGGGUUUAGUUUGAGAGCCUUUCGGAGCUUAAUUUAUAUACUUUGUACCUUUUAUUUCUAAAAUUACCAAAGAUAUUACGCAAAGGUAAAUUAUUUUCUUUUAUGCUUUAUCUGAUGAAGCCAAAUAUCCUCUAUUGUUGAUCAAAGGAGGCGAAAGGAUUCAGAGGCAAAUGUGAGGUCCGGGCUAUUGCUAACCUGAGGGAAAUGACUACCCAUCAGCAGAGUUCACUUAGCAGACUACGUAGGCAAUGGAACCAAAGGUUUUUCCUUUUUUUUUUUCUAGGUUAUUUUUUUCUUUCUUUCCUUCUUUUCUCUAUCUAUAGAGAGACCAAAACUAACUCCUGGAAGGAGAAAAAUACGGGGCUACUGCAGAGAAAAGAAACCAAGACAAUAGUAUUAUAGCUCCUACGGAAAGAAUGGGCUAUCAUCUCAAAGAGAGAGAAUUGAAUGUAUGAUGCUGAAACUUAGAAUAUAAUGGAGGAGACACUUAGGAUGAAUUCAGAGAGAACAGAGAAGUGUCUGGCUGCAUGAGACCACUUCUAGAAUAAAGAGAAUUUUAGAACGUUCAGAUGCCACUUUUGUUUAAGGGCUGUGCUCUGAUCGCUGCGUUAAUUUUGGUUUUAUCUUGGCUUUUAUCCUCUGGUUCCCUUCUGGUUUUUUUUUUUUUUUUUUUUUUGUUGUUGUUUUUCCCCCCCUCUCAAAUUAUGAUUUGGUCAGUGUUUUUCAUUUCCACACACAAGAAAAAGGUGGCAUUCCCAUCCACUCGUAAGCUUAGACUAGAACAUCUUUGGCAAUUACUCCUGAAGGUUUGCUGUGCUUUUAUAGAGGGGCAGUCUGUGGUUAUUCAUGCCCCGCCCUGUCCCCCCUCUUUUCCAGGCAGCUUCAUGAUGUGCAGGCAGUAGCCAGGCAGGGUCAUUGGAAGGGGGCCCUGUGCUUCUAAACUGAGUGGUUGCUGGUUAGAUAUUCAAAAGAGGAUAAAAAUCUGGUAGAUUAGUUCAUUCUCAGCAUGUGUAGCUAGACACGAGUAAAGAUAGCGCAUGAGGACUGUUAGUACGCAUACCUCAGUUCAAACCUUUAGGGAAUGAGUAAAAAAAAAAUUAAAAAUAUACCUUUCACUCAGUCACACUUAGUCGUAUGUCUUGCAUGCUUAGUCUAAAGACUGUAGCAGAGAAUAAAUAAAAAAGAAGAAUUAGGUUUUAUGUAUCUUUGCAGGUGUCAUAGCCUCGAAGAAGAACCAACUGAAAAAAAAAAAAAAAGAAAAAGUCUCAGGCUUUACAGCAAGCAAUCUUCACUCUGACUUUUACAGUUCUGAUUCUGUCCCUCGGGGGGAUUGUGGUCGCUUCUCUAGAAUGGGGUUGCUUCGGUUGUACAUAUAUCCCGAUGUGUCUGUGUGGGUCUUUGUCUUUUUGCGGGGGAGGGCUGAGGGGAGGGGUUUUUUUUUGUUUUGUUUUGUUUUAAUUAUUUUAUUUUUUAGGUAUUGUUCCUAAAAAGGAAUAAAUGCAUACACCUGUUUGUCAAAACAUCUUUGCUUUUUGUGCAACUGCAUUUUAUUAAUGAUACUUUUUUUUAAAGAAAAAAAAGGAAAAGAAAAUAGUAUCUUUGGGGGCAAAUCUACUGUAUGUAAUGGGUUUGCAGUCAGUGCUGAACAUGUGCUUUAUUUCCCUGCCCCUGAUUUACAAACGCUGGAUGACAUGUUGAUAUAUGGGAAGAAGGAAAAAACUCCACACUUCUCUCUCCCUCUCUCUCUCUCUCCCUCCCUCCUUCCCUCCCUCCCCCAACCCCCUUGCUUUUAAAUUGUAACAUAGUUGACAUAAUUUGUUUCUUUUCCUACCCUCAUUAUUUGGAACAUUUUGUACUUUGUACAGGUUCGUGGAGUGGGGAGAGAGAGAGAGAGAGAGAGAGAGAGAGAGAGAGUGAGUGAGUGUGGGUGUUACUCCGUUUUUGAUACAUUCCUAUUUCUUGUGUUUAUCACACCACUGCCUCCUUGACUAUCUUAAACAAGUUCCUAAGUUUGAAAAGAGAAAAAAAAAUGUUUAAAAAAAAUGUUCUCUCUUGCCGCAGUCAAUAUUUUUGCAUGAUGAAAUUCCAGGCUCACACUUUAAAAGUUUUAUCAGUAAAGUAGUGAUUAAUAAUGGGAAGUGUUGCAAAUAUGGAACUCUUUGUAUAAAAGUUUUUUUACAAGGUCCCAAGGUGUAAAGACAAUUUUGUUACUCUUUUCUUUCUUUUCUUAGCAAAUCUAAGCAAACAUGAGGGAGAUUGGACCUAUGUGUCAGACACAGUCAUGAUGAGGACCCACCUCCAUGUUCUUAGGGUCUAUCCAUGUGAGAAGGCUUAGGGCCAUCAAAGGGUGAACUGUCUAGGCUUGCGUGCAUGGCGACCCAGCUGCCAGUCCCUUCCCCACAUCAGAAGAUAGUUGACUUCAUAUUCUUAGCAUCUUCAGCCAUAAUAAAGCCUUGGUUUAAAAGAAAAGAAAAGAAAAGAAAAGAAAAUAAUAGAGCCAAAAACACAAUAUAAAUCACUAGCUCCUUUAUUUUCUUCAGUUACAACAUUGAAUCGAAAAGUCUCUCCUCCUUUCCACAUUCUAGCUGAGCUCUCUGUCUCCCAGGGCAAAAAGCAAACUCUGCUAAUUAAAUCUUUUCCGUACCUGUUGGUCAGUGCCAUACCCUCCUGACAGUCUGGAAGUGGUUUACAACUCGGUUUUACUCUAUUAUCCUGAGAAGCAAAUGGACAAUUCUAAUGGCGUCUUGUGGGUCCAGUGUAACUCAAAGCGGUCCCUGCUACCCAGGAGCCUGGGUAGAGGUGGUGCGGUCUGGGUUGUGAGUGUGGUGCUCUCUGUAUCUGUGAUGCCACUAACAGGGAUUGUUUUGUUUUGUUUUGAUAAGGCAUAAAAGAAUCUCAUUCCUUGACAUCAACUGUAAUUCCAUCAUUCCAUGUCUGUGGAUACAGACAAUAAAAAAAAAAAAAGUUGUGUAGUCAGUAGUAAUUACUGACAUGAGCGCAUUCUCAAAUGCAAUAAAAAUGCUGGUUGUUCACACUGGUA